UCAACCUGCAUACAUAUCUCGUGUAUCAAUGCUGGAAUAUUGCUUAACGUGAUUGUGUAACCCAAGCCUGAACUGACGGACGGACGGACGGACGGACGGACAACCGCCGGCAACAUGACGUCCGCACAGCUUCAGUAUAUCUAUAACGAGCUGGGAGAAGAAACACUGUCACCAACGUUUGUCAAGCAUUUAGAACACUAUUACGACCGGGCACCUGUCUCGGAUAAGGCCAGGUGUUUGGAGCUGAUCACUUCUAUCAAACUCGGAGAAGAGGUGAAGAGGUCACAGGUUCGCCGGCCAAAAACAGCAAUGCCUGCAUUAGGGGGGUCGGAGACAAUGGAGGACAUACUAAGUCCCUACAAGACUACUUACAAGCGGGAGUACAUCAAACGGAGGGACCCAGAUGUCCGAGCGCUCAGACCCAUGACGUCCCAGGCUUACACCAACGCCUUCAGCCUUAGCGGCCCUGUGGGCAAUACCACCUACCAUACGGACUACCACGCCAAAAGGGAGGCGCAGCAAGACCAAGUCAGAAGCGGGUCGGCUUCCGGUACACGGAAAAACAACCCACACCCUUCAAAUGCGUUCAUGGUCUGGAGGUUCCCGUCCAAUAAGAACCCUGUACCGGAUGUGACGCCAUGGACAGAGCAAGUGACGAACGAGAAGCUGAACCAGGUCCACAGAAGGCUGUGUUCCUCCACGUACCAGAACGACUACCUCGGUAUACCGCAAGGUUUCCAGGUACGAAGUGCAUAUAACCUUCCGGGAGAUUGGCGGGAAAAUAUACCAUACACACUAGACUCCGUACAGCGAUACUCCUACCAAGGCACUUCCCCACAGAAUGAGCUCCGAGUUCCAACAACGAGAUACGGAAGCAACCCAAAGAAGCAACUCCCGGCCAACGGCGGAAUUCCAACAGCGAACAACUACUUGAACAGCAUCAAGUCGCGAACUACGUACGACCGCCACUACAACGAGAACGCCGGCCCCGUCGUACGCCAGAUCCGAGAUGUCGGGAAUAAGUUGGGCAUAGAGACUCUCCGAAGACACUACGAGAGAGCUUCAGGUGAAGAGCGGGAACUGUUUGGCAGGUUGAUAGAUGCCUACCAGGAACCUAACAGCCAAUGGCCGCCUAAACCAUCAGCACGCGCAUGUUCACGGCCGAUGGUUCCGGCCAGCACUUCCGUCACAAAUUUCUGCACAGCACCAAUGCCUACACCACCUCCGAGCGCCCCCGGGCCUCAGACUCCGCACGUGCUGUCUUCGUAACCAUUUGGCCGUGUUACACGUGCUGAUUGUUGUAUCUGUAUGCUUUUGUUGUGUUUAAAGAUUGUGCACGUAAUCAGCUUAUAUCACGAACGUGUCAUUGUUUGUUUAGAUCUGUUUCGAUUUGUUGCGUCCGGUGCUGAUGUACCUUACAGGGUUUCGUCUGUGUGAUCAUGGAAUCUAUUGGGACAUUUCAAGUUUACUAAAAAUUAUGUGUAGACGGUGUGUGAAAUAAUUUUUCAACAGUACAAGCCAGCCUGGCUCGCUUGGUAUUUUUAGAUAUGAGUAGCCAUUGUGUGUUUUUACACUACCAAAUAAAAGAAGAAAUUUGGUAAGAGAGAAAGAAAAUUUAGUUUCCUCAAGGUCAGGGUCAAUGUCAAACAGGUUUGUAUCAGAACUAGAAAUAAGGGAACAUAAUAGGCACGGCAAAUAUUUCAGUUUACCGGGAAAUUCCCUCUUCGAACUUUCAUGUCUGACAACUAAAUAACAAAAUAUUAUACUGGAUGGAAAAUUAAGUUAGCGAGUCUGGCUGUCUUGAUUUCAUUUUCACUAGCCAGAGAGAAAAUAAUGUAGUCACGGGCUACCGGGCUGGCUUUUAUUUCACACACUGCGUUUAGAUCAUGUUUCAUCUUAUAGAUAUAAUUGUUGUAUACAAAUUAUGAAUGUGAUAUUUUACUGCACGCGGAUUUGUUUACCAAUUAAGUGGUAUAUUGGAUAUUUAGUGAAGUUGGAUGCUUACGUAUUUAAAAUUGUUUUUAAAACCCCCAAAUGUUCACAUAACCAUGACAUUAAAAUAUCAUAUGUCUUUACUCGGAGGCAUUGGUCGUUAAUUAUUAAAAUCUUAACGUAUUUGCUAAACUAUUAUUUGUCAUGUAUACCUUUCAAGGAUUGGCAUUCAUUAAGCCUACACAAGCAAUACAACAUCUAUUGCAAAUUAUUGUCAUACACUUUAUUCAGAGAUGCAGCAAACCGGAAGAGCAGUUUCCGCCAUGCCUCUGGCGUCAGGAAGGCUAACCCCGCUUGAAACUACUACCCCGAAGCCGGAUCUGACCAGAGUAUCAGACUGGCCCGGACCUCUGGCUCCAUGGUGACAUUAGC